UUGAAUGCAACAUUAUUGAAACUUUAUGAAGURUMUCAAAAAACACAUAGUUCUUAGGCUAAGAUGACAAAAGAAGACUUUCGACAUCGUCGAAGUAGAAGUAGGAGUCCUCCUCACCACCACAGAUAUCGAAGAUCUCGUUCAAAAUCGCCUAGAAGGUCGAGAACAAGGUCGAGAAGUCGAAGCUAUAGUCCAGAACGACAUGGGUCACGAAAAAAUAGAAAGUCUUCCCAAGAAUUAGCAGCAGAAAGACGCAGGGCUAUGAGAGAACAAAUAAUGACMGAAGGUGUUCCUGAAGUGUGGGGAAUAGCACCAAGAGAACCACCUUCAGAUUCUGAUGAUGAAGCAAAAAGAACUCACCCUACUUUAGCAAAUGGAAGAAAAAGUAAAGUGGAUACUGACAGUGAUGAUAGCGACAGUGAUGCUCCAAAGAAGAAACAUAAAAAAUCCAGUAAAAAGAAGAAAAGAAAACACAAAUCUCAAAGAAAGAAAAGCAAGAAAAACUCAAAAAAGAAGAAGAAAAGGAUAAGUGAAAGUGAAGAAGAAUCAUCAGAAGAUUCAGAGGUGGAAUGGGAAGAAGCUGUACAAGAUAACGAUGAGAAAAAAKCUGUUUUACCUUUAAAGAAAAGUAAAGGUGAAGACAAUGAUGUUGUUGGUCCUCAACCUAUUACACAAGAGGGUGCUGCACCUGAAUUGAGAGACUUUGGUGGAGCCUUGCUCCCAGGAGAAGGAGAAGCCAUGGCAGAGUARGUCAAAAUGGGAAAACGUAUCCCAAGGCGUGGUGAAAUUGGAUUGACAAGUGAUGAGAUUGCUUCAUUUGAAGAUUCUGGAUUUGUAAUGAGUGGKAGCAGACAUCGUCGAAUGGAGGCUGUCCGUCUGAGAAAAGAGAACCAGAUAUACAGUGCUGAUGAAAAGCGUGCUCUAGCAAUGUUCAACUACGAGGAAAGAUCCAAACGAGAAAACAAGAUCUUAUCAGACUUUAGAGAGUUAAUUCAUCAAAAAACCAAGGGAAAGAAAUAAGAACAGUACAGAAGAACCAUGUUGUUGAUACAGUUUAUGUAUUUUUUAAGGGUGCACUUCGUUAGUUGAGUAAUUUASUAUUCUCUACUAAGGGAUUGUAACCCUUAAAAAUAACAUACUAAGCAAGCUUCCACUAUUGAAGAAACAAAGAAAUGAAGUCUUCAUGAGUUAAAAAUUAUUUAUUUAAAAAAAUAUUUGUAUUACUGAGAUGAUUCUGGAAAUUUGUAGUUUUUUGUUUGUUUCUCWUAUAAUAAAAUAAUUUUUGUAGAUUUUUCAGCAUUUCAGUGUUGUUUCAUAAUGAUAAUUGAACUCUACAAGUUGUAUUCUGUACUUUGUCUUGUACAAUGUACUUUUCAAGAAAAUGAUCGUCKAAACUGAUUCCUCUGGAAGAGUAAGUCUUUAUAUUCUGUACAUAUGAUUGUAAUUAAUAUUGUAAAUAGUUUCAUUAAACAAAAUUUCAUUGAGAGAAGAAAGA